AUGAACGAUAACAAACGUAAAAAUAGUGGUUCGAUUGCAACAUGGCUAGAAAAACGAUCCAAGACAACGAUCCAAGACACACGUACAAAUAUGAUGAAUGAUCCGAUUCCAAUUGCUGUAUCUUCUGUAACACAGGUACAUCUGAAUCAACAAUCACCGAAUGAACCUACUACAACUCAUUUUUCAAUGACAACUGAAUUAAGUAAUGAUAUUGGUGAUUAUUUAGAAAAAGGUAGUCAAACUGACCAUGUAAAAGCAAGGUUUUUAGAAGCACCUAAUGUUCCUGAUAAUAAUUUUCUAUACCCUUUUAGUUUGCAUAAUAAAAAAGGUAAACAAGAAAAAAGAUACCUCAAAAGGGAUCAUUUUAUUCAGUAUAAAUGGCUUGUAUAUUCACAAAAAAAAGGUGGUGUUUUUUGCAAUUAUUGUGUUUUUUUUGCAAAUAAAGGAGGAAAAGAUAAAAAUGUAACUCUAAAAAGUUUGGUAACUGUACCUCUUGAUAAAUAUGCCAAAAUGUUGGGUGAAACUGGUGAUUUUAGCACACAGUAA